UCUGAGAGAGACCUAGAGGAGCUGAGGCGAGGGCUGUGCAGACGCAAGGUCUCCAGAGAAAGCGGGCGCUUGAGCAUUGUUACUUCCAUGUUCUUAGGUUUGACUUGUUAAAAGAAUCUUGAUACAUUACUACAAUGGCAACUGCUCAGCUCUCUCACUCUAUCAAAAUUCACAAAACAUCUAAGGAAACAGUUUUUCCAUCCCAAAUCACUAAUGAGCAUGAGUCACUGAUAAUGGUGAAGAAACUUUUUGCUACUUCUAUCUCAUGUAUAACAUAUCUAAGGGGCCUGUUUCCAGAGAGCUCUUAUGGAGAACGCCAUUUGGAUGACCUCAGUUUAAAAAUACUUCGAGAAGAUAAAAAAUGUCCGGGGUCACUGCAUAUUAUCAAAUGGAUCCAAGGUUGUUUUGAUGCUUUGGAAAAGAGAUACCUACACAUGGCAGUACUUACACUUUACACAAAUCCCAAGGAACCUGAGAAGGUGACUGAGAUAUACCAGUUCAAAUUCAAAUACACAAAAGAAGGAGCCACUAUGGAUUUUGACAGCAGUAAUACAAGCUUUGAAAGUGGGACAAACAGUGAAGAUAUUAAGAAAGCCAGUGUUCUACUGAUCCGUAAAUUGUACAUACUGAUGCAGAACCUUGGACCCCUUCCUAAUGAUGUUAUACUUACUAUGAAACUCCACUACUAUAAUGCAGUGACUCCUCAUGAUUACCAACCCCCUGGUUUUAAAGAAGGGAUAAACUCACACUUCUUGCUGUUCGAGGGGGAGCCUGUAAACCUGCAAGUGGGAUUGGUCUCCACUGGCUUUCAUAGCAUGAAAGUAAAAGUCACAACUGAGGCUACCAGAGUGUCUGUUUUGGAGAACAACCUCUUUCAAGAGAACAGCACUACUGAGAUUGCCCAUCAGGGUCUAGACUUUGAUGAAGAAGAAGAAGAAGAAGAAAGCAACAAUCAUGUAAGGCAAAGCUUUAGUAAGCCUCUGUUGCUUCAGUUAAACAUAGCUAACGUUUUCCAAUACCUAUACAGAUUAUAUCACAGUGACAGUCCAAUGGAGUAUGCCAGGUAUAAAAACUAAAACAAAAUAGCCUCUGACCUCAGGGAGUAUUUACUGUAAAAAAAGUACUGUAUUCAAGAAGGGAAUAUACUUUGU